AUGAGAAACAAAGCAAGAAACCCAAUUGUCUCGAAACGAAAGUUGCCAGAAGAUGGAGGAGCCACAGCGGAGAAAUGCAGCAACAAAGUGUUGAUCCACAAGUCCAGGAAAAGGAAAAGAGAUGUAUUAAGUCGGCUCACAACAUCUCUCCUACAGAAAGAAACAAGCGUUGACCUAAGGAUGGCUCAGCCAGUGUAUGGAACGAAAAUCACAAAGCAAAGAAAUGCCUACCAGGAGGCAAGAGAACCACUCUGGCCCACAAUUGACGGUCGAACCAUGCCCAGCCAAAGAGUGAUUCGGGACUCAAAAAGUGAAUCAACAAGAACCUGUGAUGACCUAGACGACACCCCAAGCGACAUUGUGAAAAGCAAGAUUAAUAGGUGCGCAAGAAACCGCGAGUGGUACUCUCACCAGGCUGCAUGGAGGCACUCCCCACGAUUGCAGCAUGCACUGGGUAAAAAAGAAGGGAAAGUGCAUGCACCUCUAGAGCAUGAAAGAUGA